AUGUCUUCGUUUCAGAUGCAGAGCUCUGAGAUGCUUGCACGCCUCAAGCCGUUUGGGAUCUCGUUUGAGAAAUCCUUGAACGAUCUUAUCAAGGGUAUUCGGGCCCACUUCAAAGAGUCCCCCGAGAGUCUCCGUGACUUCUUGGACAAUGCAAUCGAAGAGUGCAAGAACGAGUUGACCACUACUGAUCUUGAGGUGAAGGCUACGGCUGUUUUGAAGCUUGCUUACUUGGAAAUGUAUGGCUUUGAUAUGAGCUGGUGCAAUUUCCAGAUCUUGGAGAUCAUGAGUUCUUCGAGGUUCCAGCAAAAAAGAAUUGGGUACCUUGCGGCGAUGCAAUCGUUUAAGAACGAAAAGGACUUGCUUAUAUUGGCUACCAAUCAGUUUAAAAAAGACUUGAGCUCCCAUAACCACAUUGAGAUUGGUCUCGCGUUGAGUGGUAUAGCCACCAUAGUUACGCCGAACUUGGCCCAGGACAUUGUGGAUGAUGUGUUGGUGAAACUUACGCAUUCGAAGCCUUACAUUCGUAAGAAGGCCGUGUUGGCGCUUUUCAAGAUCUUCUUGCAGUAUCCAGAGAGUCUAAGGUCCAGCUUGCCCAGGGUGAUUGAGAAACUAGAUGAUGAAGACAUUGCCGUCGUCAGCGCCACCAUCACCGUGGUCUGUGAGAUCUCUAAAAAGAACCCCAACAUAUUCAUUGCAUACUUGCCAAAGUUCUUCUCCAUCCUCGAGGAGACACAGAACAAUUGGCUCAUUAUCCGUAUUCUCAAGCUCUUUCAAAGCUUGCUGAAGGUGGAGCCUAGAAUGAAAAAGAGAAUCCUUCCAUCUAUACUAUCGCUCAUGUCUAAAACAGAGGCAACCUCGUUGGUCUACGAAAGUAUAAGUUGUAUUGUUAACGGUGGAAUGCUUUCGCCUACUUCAUCAAGAGACAAGGAGAUCGCCAAAGAAUGCAUUACGCAUCUUAUAUCAUUCUUUGCUAAGGGUGACGCAAACUUACGCUUUGUUGGUCUCAUUGCUUUGAUCAGCAUCUUAAAGGUUUACCCUGAAUUCAUGCAUAAGGUCAAUGGUGUUUCUGGUUACGUGAUGCAUAGUUUGGAAGUCAAGGAUACCAUUGUGAUGAAGAAGGCCCUUGAAAUCUGCCAAUAUCUCGUCACCGAGGACAACAUUCUUGAGCUAAUUAGAGUGUUGCUUCUUCAGCUAGUUCCUGAUGAGUCAAGUACGCAUAUCCCAGAAAGCUUGAAGCUAGAAAUUGCAUCUAAGAUCUUGCAAAUCGCCUCGAAGGAUAACUACGCAAACAUUCCAAACUUCAACUGGUAUGUCACUGUUCUUAAGGAUGUCGUGAACAUGACCCUUCUACCAGUCGUUACCAAAGGAUCUCCAAAUGCAGCUCCUGCGUUGUCGAAACGUACACUGGACAUUAUUGCACGUAAGUUAGGUGCUGAAUUCAAGACUGUUGCUACUAAGGUACCUUCACUUCGUCCCUACUUAAUGAAGAAUGUCGUUUAUGAGUUCGUCAAGGACGAACGCACAUUACAAUACAGUCCUUUGCUAAUGAGAGACAUCUAUUGGCUUAUGGGUGAGUAUGUCGGUGAACUUGGCAAUACAGAUGAUGAUUCAGAUGAGGAAGACGAUGAUAAUCAAGACUUUGCACUUGGAUACAAGAUCCAGAUGUUAAACACCAUCAUUAACAGUUAUGUCGAUAAGAAACUUUCUGGUCCUACCCGUUUCCCAAUUUCCCAACUAUUGAUACAACUUCCCAACCCCGAAGUACAGACCACUUUAAUUCCCGCAUUGGUCAAGCUUUACAGUGAUUUGGUGACCGAUUAUAUUUCCUACUAUGAUCAACUGGGAAAGAUGCCGCUGCAACAGUACGGUCAAUUGGCAUACUUCCUUCUCAAAAGCAUAAAGUUUUUGGAGAACUGGGAACAAAAUAGCGACUAUGAAGUACAAGAAAGAGCAUUAUCCUGGUUGGAGUUUUUACGUCUCAGUUUGGAUGCCAUGGGAGGCGAAAACUCUCCUUUGUUGAAAAAGCUCGAGGAUGAUGAACUUGUAUUCUACAAGAAGAAUCAACCAACCUCUUCAAAUGAACUGUCACAGGAAGAAGAAAGCGAUGAAGAGGAAGAAGCAUCGUCAGAUUCAGAUGACUCAUCUGAUGAAGAAGUCUCACAGGAGGAGACACCUCUUGACGAAGACCAGGAGCAGGCUAAUGGUAAUUCAAACAAUACUGAUUUCGAUGUUAACGAGACACACGAGGUUCCACAUCUUUUGACCUCAGUAUUACCGUCAUUCUUCAAAGGCUACACGCUCAAUCCCGUCGCUGCUUCUGCACAAAAGAUGGUGGGUUUGCCGGAUGAUCUCGAGCUUGAUGUCCCUAUUAACACUCCACCUAGUUAUUGCUUGAUUGAAGAUCAACAAAUUGAUAUCUUCUACAGCGAUGAAGAGUCUGACGAAGAAACACCGAUAGAGAAGGAGGAAAGAACAAAGGUGGAUGAAGAGGUCACCAGGGAGCGUUUGGAAAGAAUGAAGGAUGAUCCGUUCUAUAUCACGCCGAGCGAAAAGAAGGGACGCUCAAAGCUGAAACCUCAACUUUUGAACACUCCAUCUGACAAUGCCGCUUCAGAAACACCAAGCGAAAAGAAUUCGUUUGUAUCUCUUGAUGAACUCGCAAAGAAGGAAGCGAAGAAGAGCAAGAAGAUCAAGAAGCAUAAGGUGACAGUGCUCAGUGAAGAAAGUCUUGGAGGGGACGUUCCAGGCCAAGUUUCAGAGUUAGGGGACCUGGAUGCUAACAAAAAGAAGAAACUGAACAGAAUUUUGAUCAAAGCUGCUGACCCUAGAGCAGAGGAGUAUGAUGUGGACUUGGAUGCGUUGAGACAACAGCUCGAGGAGAAGGAAAAGAAGAAGUUUGCUAAGGAAGCAAAGAAGAAGAAAAAGGCCGACAAGGAAAAGUCGAAGAGUAAGUCGAAGAAGACCAAAUCGAAACCAACUGAAGAGACCAGCACUGUUGGGGAACCUAAGGCUGACAAGCCUGAGGCGGAGAACACAGGUGAAGAAGGCGAAGCCGAAUCUAAGAAGCCAGUAGAGGCCGACGCAGAAACGGUUCCUGAAGUGAAGAGUGCAACUCCUGAAGUCAUCACAGACCAACAGGCUAUUGAAGUAAGCCUGAAACCAAAAACCAAAAAGAAGAAAAAGAAAGCAGUCAUUUUGGAUUAG